AUAAUAACUUUAUGUGUUUAAAUUAUCACUGAUAGAUUCACCGUAUACGUUAUAUGACCAUACAGUAUAUUCACGAUACCUACACAACUAUUUUCUUUCAGACUACGUCAAUUGUUUAGUUCAAUUCUAGUUUUUUAUGUAAUUUUAAAUUACAGUUUUCUUUUUUUUUUUACGAUAUUUUACUACAAGUAUCAAAAUUAAUGGUACUAAAAAUUGGCGUCAGGGUAAAAAAUCAAAAUGUUAUCCAAGUAAAGCUCGAAAAAAUAAAGGAAAUAUUGUUGCACUUGGACAAAAAAAGGAAACUAAUCUUAUUUUUAGUCAUGAUGAAAUUGUUGAUGAUAAUACUACUAUAGUAGCCUCUAGUUCUACUAGUACUGGAAGAUCAGUGCGUAUUAAAAUGAUCAAUGCAGAUGUGAGUGACACGGAAGACCUUGCAUUACCUUUAGUUUGGGAAAAAAUGACCAUAAAGCAGACUUGAAACUCGAAAGAAGAAGAAUUAUGGACAUAAAUUAUAUAUUUAAUUCAAUUAAGUCAUUUUCCCAUUCAUUAGGAUGCAUUUUUAAAAAUUUGAUUUUUAUACACGAGAUAAUAAAUGGAUGCAUAAGUUAAUUUUAUUUUAAGUGUAAUUUUUGUUUCCAAAAAGAGGUGAUACAUUCAGAAGAACCUGGCGCUAUAUUUAACACCAAUAUACCAGUUGUUUUAGGAGUAGUAAACAUUGGCUAAGGAUAUGCUUAGUUAGAAGAAUUUUGUGCCAUUAUCAACAUGCCAGUUAUGUCCAAUAAUAAGUAUCAAUUAUUGCAUAACGAAGUAGCUUCAACUAUGAAUGAUAUUUCUUGGGAAGAAAUAGAACUAGCUGGGAAGGAAGAAGCGACAAUUGCAAUUCAAAAUAAUGUUGUUGAUUCUAACGGUAGACCUAUGAUAGCAGUGAUUGCAGAUGGCACUUGGUCUAAACGCUCAUACAAAACUAAAUACAAUGCACUUUCUGGAGUUGCCUGCAUAGUCGGAGCUAAAACAAAAAAAAUAUUAUUCAUUGGUGUGAAGAACAAGUUAUGUUGUGUUUGCCAGAGAGCAUCCAAAAAUCACAUGGAUCCCAAGGAUCAUAUUUGUUUUAAAAAUUGGAACUUGCUUUCAACCGCUAUGGAAGCAGAUAUUAUUGUCGAAGGAUUUAAAAGAAGCUUUGAAAUGCAUAAUUUUAUUUAUUCAAGGCUUAUAG